GGCGGAGCGACCUGUUCUCCUGCCGCUGAGGAAGAGUCGCGGAAGAGGGGAAAGGUUUCCUGACUGUGAAGCAGCUAACUACCAGAAGCGUCUGUUCAGCAGCGGGUUCAGCAGCGGGUUCAGCAGGUCACAGGUCAGAGAGACCCCGGGACCGAAGCAUCAAGAUGACAGCCGCACCUUACAACUACUCCUACAUCUUCAAAUACAUCAUCAUUGGUGAUAUGGGAGUAGGGAAGUCAUGUCUGCUGCACCAGUUCACUGAGAAGAAAUUCAUGGCGGACUGUCCCCACACCAUCGGGGUGGAGUUUGGGACGAGGAUCAUGGAGGUCCACGGUCAGAAGGUGAAGCUGCAGAUCUGGGACACGGCCGGUCAGGAGCGGUUCAGAGCCGUCACCAGGUCUUACUACAGGGGGGCCGCCGGCGCCCUCAUGGUCUACGACAUCACCAGGAGAAGUACCUACAACCACCUGAGCAGCUGGUUGACAGACGCCAGGAACCUGACCAACCCCAACACGGUGAUCAUUCUGAUCGGGAACAAAGCCGAUCUGGAAGCUCAGAGAGACGUGACGUACGAGGAGGCCAAACAGUUUGCUGAGGAGAACGGUUUGCUGUUUCUAGAGGCCAGCGCUAAGACGGGGGAGAACGUGGAGGAGGCCUUCCUGGAGGCAGCCAAGAGGAUCUACCAGAACAUCCAAGAUGGCAGUCUGGACCUGAACGCCGCUGAGUCGGGAGUCCAGCACAAACCCUCAGCGCCACAGGGAGGCCGCCUCAAUGCCGACAGCCAGCCGGCUAAAGAGGGCUGCAGCUGCUAACCACAGACAGAAACCACAGACCCAUCGGACGGACUGACGGACAGAGACAGAUACGUACACAGAGAUCCCCUCUUCUCCAGCCACUAACAUCCAUCUCCUGUCCAGAGAGCAUCAGGCAGGAUCCAGCUGAACCAUAGCAGACCACAGUUUGGUUCCUAAGUCAACCAGCUCCACCCACAGAGAUGUGGACCAGAAUCAAAUCAAUCACUCAAACAGUUUCCUGACUAAAUAAAUCAUUUCCUGUUCACAUUGAAUCCCUCAACAUGAAUUCCAACCCCUCAAGGUCAGCACCUGGAUCCCACUGGGUCCCAGUGUGGAUCCCACUGGGACCCAGUGUGGAUCCCACUGGGUCCCAGUGUGGACCAUCCUCAGCCCACAUCCAGACUCGUGUGGACCGAGCCCCGGCCACGAUGGACUGUUCUAAUUCUAAAAUAAGACGGCAGUCCUCCCAGAACCCAAUCGUAUUGUUUUAUUUCUUUUCUAAGCUGGACCUCUAUUUGGACUGUUCCGAGUUUGGAACUCUGUUGGUCUUUAAUGGUCCUUGUUUGAUAGAACCUCACCUCAUUCAGAACGUGGAACCUUCGUGUCUCAAGAGACAAACGUACAAUUCUCAAAUUCAGACCAAUCACCGGGAAAAUCAGUGUCACAGAAACAUGUCUCAUUUAUUACAAACCUGGAGUUGAGACGGGUUUCAUCCUUUAUUCAGACAAGAGGGACUCAAACCUCCGGGUCCUUCUCAUCGACCAGAGUCCGAACCAACAACCCUUUUCCCCAAGACGUCAGCUCCCUCCACACUUCACCUGCUCCCAGUCUGGAGCGUGGUGGCCCAGUUCAAGUUAGUGUAUUCCAAAGAGUCAAAGUUACAAGGCUUCAACUUUAACCCAAUUCUGCCUCAAACUGGACUAGUGGGUUGACUUGUUCUACAUGUGGACGUUGGAGAGCUGGACGUCCUCGCUCCAAACUGAGAAGGUCCUCAGCUCUCAUUGGAUUCAUGCUCGAGUCGGACGGUUCAACUCCCACAAUUAUACAUCUGUGAACUCAUCAGCAUUCCAAGAUUAGAUCCGCCUCCAGACCCGGUCUCCUGAUCUGAGUCACGGGAGGACAGACGUCCCUCAAAGUGGACGACCCUUGUCCCAAAGACGGAACACGGGAGGUGAGACGCUGCUCAGACCAACCUCCACUCAGACACCCUGAGUUCCACUGAGACACCCUGAGUUCCACUGAGACACCCUGAGUUCCACUGAGACAUCCUGACGCAUCCAGAGCUCCGGCUCCAUCUGAACUUCCUCUGCCCCACGUCCACGCCUCCUUCGUCCCAACAUGAGACGCCGGUGAAGACGAGUACAGAGCCUGAAUCCGGACAAUCCCACAUUCCAAAUCUGGACUUCUUCUCUCAAAUCCGGAUCGCCCACCUUCCAACUCUGGAUAUUUCUCUGAGCAGAUUUAGAGCAGCUCAAGUUUGAAAGCUCUGAAUUCAAGGAGCUCUUUUUAAAUCUCGACCUCCAGGUCCCAGUUAGCGUAAAUCUCCUCUGAACCCAGAUGGUCCCAACGCCCAGUUCUGACUUCGCUCUUUGAGAUUGAGUGAGUCUUCUGGAUUGAUAUUAGUAUUUGUGUCUUGUAUGUGUGUGAUAUGCCAUCAUCUGUUGUUCAGUUAGAAAAGUCUUUGAAAUUCGUGCUUUAAAACUAUAAAUGCUAUCACAGAGUGGCCUGGACAACUGAACCCGCCUCUGGGAUCACUUCUUACUGAAAAGCGUUUCUCCCUUUGCUCCAUUUCAUGCCUCAACUCACAAGUUCCCAAACCAUUGUGCUCGUCGGUCAGUUAUUCCCUCUCCUGUGCAGAUUGCUGGAGCGUUGCGUUGUCACCUUGUUGUGAUCAGAUGUGUCUUUGUGUCUUCUGGUUUGACGCCCGUCCCGUCAGCCUUGGACUCGGGGUGAAGAGCUUCUCCACUGAGGAGGAUUCGUUCUGCUCGGUGGCGCUCGGCCUGAGAAAGUAACACUUAGCAUCAUUUCCGUCUACAGAAACACAUUUAACUUUACGAAACAAGAUGGAUCCAGGGUUUUUAUGUUUGAACUUUAUUAUGCAUCAGGAGAUCCGACCACUGCUUCUCUAGUUUCGACCUGUAGUUCUCUAAAAGUUCACCAACUCUCAAUGUGCAAUACUUAAAGCCUCAGAAUACUACAAACAAACUUUGUCCAAUUUCCUCUAAAUAACUGAGUUCCUGUUUAUCGCAGCUGGAGAAGUGAUCAGAGCCUCUCGCUCUGCGUGGAAUCACAUUGUCAAUCAACGUGAAGCUUUAACACUCUUCAUCCAGAAUGAUGGAUCCCAGUCUGACUGGAGACAUUAAAACACUGCUUGUUGUUUAAAAACCAGUUGUACUAGAGCCUCAGGUCCAGUCCCCAGUACCAGGAAUGUAUCGGUCCCUAAAUACUCCCACUCCACCCAAUAACCCCCCCCAUCUCUGCACCAGCCGGUUCACCUGUGUUAAACCCGCUCUGUGGAGAGAGUCAGCUACUGGCCGACGAAGAGGGAACAGGAUUCUUGAAGGUCACCACUGGUCUCAGUGGAUCUCCAGUUCAGGAUUGCUUCUUAUUACAUUUUUCCUCUUGUUGAAUUAAAAAAAAAUCAAAUAGUGAUAUGUUUAUGUCACCGCGCCCCCUAGUGGUCAUUUCCUCUUCCCUGUUAAGUCCGAUUCAGGGACGAAAAAUGACAAACGAAGCAAAACAGCUUCUUUGUUUCUUUCAAACACUCGAGCAGGAUUAUUACGAUUGACCUGAACCGUCCUGGUUCGUUGUUGUAAGUGUUCGACUCAUUUCUAAUUUAACUAACAGUUGUUGAUCUACCACACGAGUAAAUGUCAUAACUGGGUCAUUUGACAGAAGAUUCCUCGGUCAGAACCGUUCGGCUCUGACGAGCUUCAAACACACAAACAGUCCCGCUGCACUGAACUUUCUUUAUUCUGUUCAUUUUGCUGAACAAGCUGCACUCGUUGAUUUCUGUCACGAUGAGAGAGAAUAGAAAUAGAUGCACAUUUUAUACCAAAUAUUGUUUUAGUCAUUUGACUGUUUUAAAACUAAUCGAUUAAAACGCCCUCGAUCCGAUUCCACUCUCGUUCUCUCUGAGGGAUCAAAGUCAAAUUUACUCAAAAUGAAUCGGCUGCAAAGAUUCAAGCUUCAUGUCCAGAAGGAAAAUGUCCUGAUAACAAAUAACUAACUGUCUUUGAACACCUGGAAGGAUUCAGAGAAAUCUCUGAACCAACCAAGUGCAGGUUCUCUGAUGAGUCAAAGUAUUACUAAUGUAGAGUCUGUGGGCUUUGAGAAUACUCUGUAAUACUCUGUAAUACUUUGUAAUACUCUGUAAUACUCUGACUCACCACUUGUACUGUUGGAGUUUGUUUCUGUCUCACGGGCUCAACACCAGAACUCGUCAAUCAGACAUUAUCAACAGACCACAGAUCAGUCCAACGCUACACCUAUAUAACUUAAUAAUACAUAAUUAGUAAUGAGCCUGAAAUUAAGUUUGUUUUUCAUUUACCGUCAAUUAGUUGAUAAAUGAAUUUGUACCUUUGAUGUGAAACUGUUUCAUCUAAUUCUUUUGUUCUCAGUAGAAAAACGUUAAAAAGCUCAAUGAACUUCAGGAAGGAAAAUUCAGAACUACAAAAACUAAUAAAUAACUUUCUAGUAUUUUUAUUCUUAUAAUAAUUAUUACAUUUUCUUCACUUUGUUUCCUUCUUAGUGUAAACGUGUAACAUUAUGAAUGCAAAUUAUUAUCAGCAUCAUCUCUUAAAUAUUCGCUCUUGAGUUUUACCUGCCCCCCCCCCCCCCCAGGGAACUCGUCUGUCGGGGACUCGUUCUAUUUCACAGAGAAUUGAAAGAAGUUGAAGCGCAGCCUCUGGUCGGUGGGAAAGUGGAUCUCACGUCUCCUCCGGUCCGAGAACCUCGUGUUCGUCUGUGAGUCGCAAUCUUUCUCCUCAUGGCCUCUGAUUGGUGGAGAGCGGCCUUCGUUAACUCUGAUGCUUGAUAUGUGAACGAAGCCACGCCCUCACUGUUAAAACAUCCAGUGUGACGUCCAAGCUUUCAGAUUUCUAUUUGUUUUGGAGGAAGUUUUUAAAGGAAGAAGAAAUAGUUUGAGGUCAAUUUGAAAAACGAAGCAAAGGUUUUGAAGUUCCCAGAGAGCAACGGGUCAAACAGCCGCUGGUCACUGGAUCCAACAAGAGCAGCUGAUGGAACCUUGUUGUGGCCGAAGCCGGAAACUUCCCCAUCGAAGCAUUUCAUUUAAAAACAUCCAGUGGGUGAAGAAAACGAGACUUCCAUUCGCUAACAGCAGUGCCAGCAGGGGGCAGUGUUGUGUCGAGACGUUGGUUUUUCAACAUUUAAUCAGAAAAUAAAUCAAUAAAAAAUAAACACAUUUCAUUUUGUAUCCAUAAAGUCCUGUAACAAGCCCAGAGGGUUUUUAAAUCGUAGAGUGUGAUUGAAGGAAAUCUGCAUUUUAAAUGAUGACAGUGAUCGGCCAGGUGGUGGCGCUGUGACCAGGCUGCUGCACAGGGUUGACAGAAGAAGAGUCCUCUUCCCGCUCACUGGCUGUAACGUGCUCUGUACUUUUUAUUCUUUUGUUGUUCUUCUGUAACGUCUGUUGAUUUUCUGUCGGCUAAAGUAACAAAAAUGCUUCUUAUUUGUUGACUAUUUAUAUUCUUAAUCUGUAAUUUGAUUUUCUUCAGCUGUUCCAUUGUGCGACCUCGAGGAUUCAGUUAUUUGUAAAUAAAGUAUAUAUAUAUAUAUACUGUA